AUGGAGUCGGCCACGGGGCCCACGCUGGCUCAUAGGAGUGUGGCCAGCAUCCGCUCCGGACCUUCCUCACGAUCUCAGGGGCCGCCGCCGGGAGUAUCGACGACGACGCCUCAUACGCCACCUCGUUCCAUGGCGGUGUCGUACGGCUCACCGUCGACCAUGCGGGCCGACGAGGACAUCAUCGUCCUCGAGUUGGGCUCGCGCUUCGUGCGCGCCGGAUUUGCGGGCGACUCGCUGCCCAAGGCCACGCUGCAGUGCGGGUUGGAUCAGCAGAGGCGCGUGGGUGAUUUUCGAGCAUGGCAGCCGUUAUCGACAGCUGAUGGCGCAAGGAGCUCUGGACACAUCGAGUGGGCGGCGGAGCAUGAGAUAUGGCGCUACGAUGUGCGUGAGACAGACCUGGGCCUCAUCCACGACAAGCUCGACCGUCUUAUCAGAGAGGCCUUUUCACGCUAUCUGCUCAUCGAUUCAAAGGCACGUAGGAUGGCCCUCGUCAUUGACUCGGCGGUGCCACUACCUCUGCUAUCGACAGUCCUGGACACGGUGUUUGGCAGGUUUCAGACCCCGCUGGUCUCACUGCUGUCUCCGCCCAGCAUGUCGGCCGUGGCUGCCGGCGUGCGUUCUGCCCUUGUGGUGGACAUUGGGUGGACAGAGACGGCUGUCACGAGCGUCUACGAGUACCGCGAGGUGAAGAGCACGCGCACCGUCAGGGCAGGCCGAUAUCUGCUGGACGAGGUGUAUGCCAAGGUGCUGCGGCCGCUGAUCACUGGGAGCCAUGGCGAACAUGCUGCCGCUGCCGCCGAGCCGCAGCGGGUCAUAAGCUUCGAGGAGAGCGAGGACAUAAUGUGCCGUCUCAUGUGGUGCAGGGCGGCGGCCUCUAGGUCCUCCCAGAGGGACUCCGCGCAACUCGAGACGGUGGAGGAGCAGGACGAGACGGACGCCGAGGCCCCGAACGCAUCGGCACUACCUAACCGCGUGACGCGAGUACCUUUGGUCUCGACCUCGCCGCCAAAGACGGUCGAGGUCUCACUGGAGAAGAUGGCCGACGUCUGUGACGACAGCUUCUUCGCGUCGUCAGCACAGGCCGCCGCCUUUGACGACCACGAGCUGCCCAUCCACACCCUCGUAUACAAGCACCUCCUCCAAUUGCCCAUCGACGUCAGGGCCAUAUGCAUGUCGCGUAUCAUUUUCGUGGGCGGCUGCUCCAACAUCCUCGGACUGAAGGAACGCGUCAUCGACGAGCUGACGGCCACGGUUGAGCAGAGAGGCUGGGAGGCCACUUCGGGUAAGGGCGUCGACCAGCUGCGCCGCAACCAGAAGCUCCAGCGGAGGGCGUCGUCGUCAUCAUCGUCGGCAACCGGCGGCGGCGGCGGCGGCGGCGGUGGGGGCGCAUCCUCGCCCACCAAGGACGCCGAGGCAUCCCCCGUGUCCGACCAGUCCGAGGAAGUCCGCAGCGGCGCCUCGAGCCGGACGGCCGCCUACAGCGAACCCGAGAGCCAGGAGGACCCCACCGAGGCCAAGGUCAGGAAGCACCGUGACCAGGCCCGCCUCAUCCAGGGUCACAUUCGCGCGCUGCACUCUCUGGGGCCCUGGGCUGGCGCGAGCCUGACGACGCAUCUCAAGAUCCCGGCCCUGGCGACUGUCGACCGUGACCUAUGGCUGCAGCAUGGUGCCGGGGGAGCGUCCAGGCCUGGCGACGUUGAUGCCAAGGUUCAGCAGCAACGGCAGAGCAUGGGGCCCGGUGGGCUGGUGCGUGGAACUGGUGGGCACCAUGCCAACUGGACAUUGGGGCAAUGGGGCGUCAUAUGA